AUGUCUUACUUGACAAGAGACCAACUCGACAACUACUUAAAAAGUCUAAGUACAAAAGCUGCAGCCGCUAAGCCCGCAAACUUACCACAGUCGAAGAGUCCUGUUAUUACAGUACCGCCAAACACGCCGCUAACUCCGCUUAGUCCGAACCAGGAUUCUAGAAACAAUAGCUCGACAGACUCGAAUAAAAUCCCAGAACUUGACUCUACGUCAUUAGCAAGUAAUCGAAAUGACCCUUCGGGACUGUUAUCUUUUGAGUCAUCAACCAAAGAAAAUCCUAUUGCCUCAACUGACUCGAAUUCUGACAAUAACAAAGAAUUAUCGUUCAAGCCCUUAUCAAAUGCAUCAUCUGUUUCUAAUGAUAAGAAAUACAAAAAUAUUGAUGACAUAGUAAACGAUUUAUCUUAUCCGAUGCAAAACAAGUUGUCUUUUUCACCUUUGUCAAAGAAUAAUAAAAAUGAUACGCCCGAUAUUGUGUUUCCAUCCGAAACGACACGGGAUCCAGCUAAUACUUGGAAAGAUGAUACACUGCCAAAAUCAAAAGGUGAAUCGAAAGGUACAUAUGUUUUAUCGGCAGCGUUUAAAUCAUAUAGCACGGCAUCAAGAUCACCAUCUAUUAAUAAACCCACAUCUCCGAUAAUACCCACGUCAAAAAAGAGAGAUUCAUUUUCUUCCUCAAAAUCAAAUUCUCCUCCAUUUCCGCCGACUACUAAUACUGUGACAAUAUCGUUGCAGCAAAAUGACUUGGAUAAAUUAGAACAAAAAUAUCCACCGGUAGAGAAUCUCGAGAACCCUGAACUAAAGAGUAAAGAGGCAAAGUCGAGAUUUCCAAAAAUUGAAGAUUUUGAGAAACAGGACCUAAAUCUUAAUAAAGAGGUAGAACAACAUUUCCCCCCAAUUGAGGAAGAUCGAGAGGUGGAAAAAAGGUUUCCGGCUAUUGAAGAACUUGAAAAGGAUGAUCAACAGAAGAGUAAUGAAACUUUGUCUGCUCAACCAACGUCCGAAUCAGAUGAUCCUGUUAUUAGAUUCAGAGCAAUAUUAAAUGCCGAAAAAGAAAACGAAUCGAAGACAGCCUUCGAAAAAGAAGAUAAUCAACCUCCAUUAUCUGAUGAUAGAAAUUCUAUGCACUCAGAAUCGACGACAGUUUUCGAGAAAGAAGAUAAUCAACCUUUAUUAUCUGAUGCAAGAAACUCUAUGAAGUCGGAAUUAGAGGAAACGGGAAGUCUUCCCGAUUCAUCAUAUGCAUCCGAAGUAGAGGAAACAAGAAAAUUCUCUCCUGAUUUAUUAACAUCUGACAAGUCUAAAAACGGAGGAAAUGAGGAAAACCUAUCUCAAGCUGAUAAUGCUAACUCUCGUCGAACUUCUCUUAAUAAUACCACCGAUGCCUCACGAAUAGAACCAAAAACACCAUCUAUUCCCCCGAAUCCAAAUAAAAUAUCCGAAACUUGUGCUAAAUGCGGUAAACGAAUAACGGGAACUAUAUUGACGGCAAUGGGUCGACAAUGGCAUCCGGAACAUUUUGGUUGUAAAAAAUGUGGAAUACCAUUGGAACAUGUUGCGUUCUUUGAGAAGGAUGGUGAUCCAUAUUGUCAUUUGGAUUAUCAUGAACUGUUUAGCCCUCGUUGUGGAUAUUGUAAUACUCCGAUAGAAGGGGAUUGUAUUAACGCACUCGGUAAAUCAUGGCAUAAUGGACAUUUCUUUUGUCGUGAGUGUGGUGAACCUUUUGCAGAUGGUGGAUUUAUGGUGAAUGACGGAUUCCCUUAUUGUAAAAAGGACUGGGUUAAAUUAUUUGCUCCUAAAUGCAAAGGUUGCACACAACCUAUAAAUGGCGAAUAUGUCAAUGCAUUGAAAGGGAUGUGGCAUCGUGAUUGUUUUGUCUGCGCGGCGUGUGAGAAGCCAUUCAAUAGUUCUUUCUUUUACGUGCAUAACGAAAAACCCUAUUGCGAUAGCCAUUAUCGUCAAAUACUUGCAUUAGCUUCAGAGAAG